GCCAUUUUAUGUUCCAUAGCUGCUUUGUUGUGAAGAAGGAACCAGUCCGAACAUUUAACAACAGUACAUUUUAUCCGUGUAAAGUAGAUAUAGUAAUAACGUCAACUGCUUAAUGACGAUCCAGCUAUACAACGUUACUGACAGCCAUAAGACAGUCACUGAGUGCUGUACACUACAAGGAGUAAUCAGAGGUUAGCUACGCAGCUGCCUGGAAACGUGCUUGUUGGCCGCAGCCGACAAAGACGACUAUCCGUCGUAUUUUUUUCUCUGAAACGUUUAUUCACCAGAAGGCACAUUGACGACCACCGUGCAGGACUCGAAAACUGAGGAGAUGGCGAGCUCAGUGGGAAACGUGGCGGACAGCACAGAACCAACAAAACGUAUGCUUUCCUUCCAAGGGUUGGCUGAGCUGGCGCACCGGGAGUAUCAGUCGGGGGACUUUGAGGCAGCAGAACGCCACUGCAUGCAGCUGUGGAGACAGGAGCCUGAUAACACAGGCGUGCUGCUGCUUCUGUCCUCCAUACACUUCCAGUGCCGAAGACUUGACAGGUCUGCUCACUUCAGCACCUUGGCCAUCAAACAGAACCCAAUGCUGGCAGAGGCUUACUCCAACCUGGGGAAUGUGUACAAGGAGCGUGGACAACUGCAGGAGGCUAUAGAGCAUUACCGUCAUGCCCUGAGACUGAAGCCAGAUUUUAUUGAUGGAUACAUCAACUUGGCAGCAGCUCUGGUGGCAGCAGGGGACAUGGAGGGAGCUGUGCAGGCUUAUGUGUCUGCAUUACAGUAUAACCCUGACCUUUAUUGUGUGCGUAGUGACUUGGGCAACUUGCUUAAAGCCCUUGGGCGUUUGGAAGAGGCCAAGGCUUGUUACCUGAAAGCUAUUGAGACUCAGCCCAACUUUGCUGUGGCGUGGAGCAACCUGGGCUGUGUAUUCAAUGCACAAGGAGAGAUAUGGCUGGCCAUCCACCAUUUUGAAAAGGCAGUAACUCUGGAUCCAAAUUUCCUUGAUGCAUACAUCAAUUUGGGAAAUGUUUUGAAGGAGGCCCGCAUCUUUGACAGAGCUGUUGCUGGAUACCUGAGAGCCCUAAGUCUUAGUCCCAACCAUGCAGUUGUCCAUGGAAACCUGGCCUGUGUCUACUAUGAACAGGGCCUAAUUGACCUGGCUAUUGACACUUACCGUCGUGCUAUUGAAUUGCAGCCCCACUUCCCUGAUGCCUACUGCAAUUUGGCAAAUGCCUUGAAGGAGAAGGGCAAUGUGUCUGAGGCAGAAGAGUGCUACAACACAGCCUUACGCUUGUGCCCAACCCAUGCAGACUCACUUAAUAACUUGGCCAACAUAAAGCGUGAGCAGGGUAACAUUGAGGAGGCUGUUCAGCUUUACAGGAAAGCUCUAGAGGUGUUCCCAGAGUUUGCAGCAGCUCACUCUAACCUGGCUAGUGUCCUACAGCAGCAGGGCAAACUCCAGGAGGCCCUCAUGCACUACAAGGAGGCCAUCAGGAUCAGUCCUACUUUUGCUGAUGCCUACUCAAACAUGGGUAAUACACUGAAGGAAAUGCAAGAUGUACAGGGAGCACUGCAGUGCUACACCCGUGCCAUUCAGAUCAACCCUGCUUUUGCUGAUGCCCACAGCAAUUUGGCCUCUAUACACAAGGAUUCUGGAAACAUCCCAGAGGCCAUUGCAUCAUACCGCACAGCUUUGAAACUCAAGCCGGAUUUCCCUGAUGCAUACUGCAAUUUGGCCCAUUGCCUUCAGAUUGUGUGUGACUGGACAGACUAUGAUGAACGGAUGAAGAAGCUUGUGAGCAUUGUGGCUGACCAACUGGAUAAGAACCGCUUGCCUUCAGUCCACCCACACCACAGCAUGCUCUACCCUCUCUCUCACAACUUCCGUAAGGCCAUCGCAGAGCGCCAUGGAAACCUUUGCCUGGACAAGGUACACGCACUGAUCAAAAUUAAUGCAUUGCACAAACCAGCUUAUGAGCAUCCUAAAGAUCUGAAGGCUAGUGGUGGACGUCUGCGUAUUGGCUAUGUCAGCUCUGACUUUGGUAACCACCCAACUUCACACCUGAUGCAGUCAAUUCCUGGAAUGCACAACCCUGAGAAAUUUGAGGUCUUCUGCUAUGCUCUCAGCCCCGAUGACAGUACCAACUUCCGUGUGAAAGUGGUAGCAGAGGCUCAUCAUUUCACAGACCUCUCUCAGAUUCCUUGCAAUGGGAAGGCCGCUGAUCGCAUUCACCAGGAUGGAAUUAACAUUCUCGUUAAUAUGAAUGGUUACACAAAGGGAGCCAGAAAUGAGCUGUUUGCCCUCCGUCCUGCCCCCAUUCAGGCCAUGUGGCUGGGUUACCCAGGGACCAGUGGGGCUCCUUUCAUGGAUUAUAUCAUCACUGAUAAAGAGACCUCACCUUUGGAGGUCGCUGAGCAGUAUUCAGAGAAAUUGGCCUACAUGCCACACACUUUCUUUAUUGGAGAUCAUGCCAACAUGUUUCCUCAUCUCAAGAAAAAAGCAGUGAUUGACUUCAAGUCUAAUGGACACAUCUUUGAUAACCGCAUCGUGCUUAAUGGUAUUGAUCUGAAGGCGUUCUUGGACAGUCUGCCAGAUGUCAAAGUGAUAAAGAUGAAAUGCGAUAACAACCAGGAAGCCACUGGUGACACAAAUGGAGCACUGUCCAUGCCUGUCAUUCCCAUGAACACUGCAGCUGAAGCCAUCAUUAACAUGAUCAACCAAGGCCAAAUCCAGGUCACAAUCAAUGGCUUCACCGUCAGUAAUGGCCUGGCCACCACGCAGAUGGUUUCAGCAGAUGGGGUUGUAGUCCCAGUCACUGAGUAUUUACAGAUCAAUAACAAAGCUGCCACAGGGGAAGAGGUGCCACGCACAAUUGUUGUGACUACACGCUCCCAGUAUGGUCUCCCAGAAGACUCCAUAGUUUACUGCAACUUUAACCAGCUCUACAAGAUUGACCCUCCUACACUGCAGAUGUGGGCCAAUAUCCUUAAGCGUGUGCCCAACAGUGUGCUGUGGCUACUUCGUUUCCCUGCUGUGGGCGAGCCCAACAUCCAGCAGUAUGCUCAGAACAUGGGUCUCCCUGGUUCUCGUGUCAUCUUCUCACCCGUGGCUCCAAAGGAGGAGCAUGUGAGAAGGGGCCAGUUAGCUGAUGUAUGCCUUGACACUCCUCUGUGUAAUGGUCACACAACAGGCAUGGAUGUUCUCUGGGCUGGAACACCUAUGGUUACCAUGCCAGGUGAGACCCUAGCCUCCCGUGUGGCUGCUUCGCAGCUCAGCUGUCUGGGCUGUCCUGAGCUAAUAGCCCAAAGUCGCCAAGACUAUGAGGACAUCGCAGUGAAAAUGGGCUCUGACAUGGAGUACCUUAAGAUGAUCAGAGCACGCGUCUGGAAGCAGCGAAUUUGCAGCCCUCUUUUCAACACCAAGCAGUACACAAUGGACCUAGAGAGGCUUUAUCUGCAGAUGUGGGAGCACCACACCAACGGCAGCAAGCCUGAGCACCUGGUCAAAUUUCAGGCAGUAGAAACCAGUGAGAAUGCCUGAACUGGAAGCACACUGUCUUUACCCUUGUACCCUAAUCAUGUCCAGUCCUCCCCACCAUUUCUAACCAUCCAUCACCACCCUUGCUUGAAUGGUCGACUUGACCCCUUUCCCCAGAAUGACUGCCUCCGUCAGUCUCACAUACAAUAAAUGGGACUCGUAUUUCUAAAGGAGCCUACAGAUGUACACAUUUAUCCCCCUUCACUGUCUGAGCCAGAUAGAACCUGAAGACGUCAGGAACUUUGUCUGAGACUCUUGUUCUAAACUCUGCUAUAUUUGGUGCGCAUGAGAGGAUUGUGAAUUCCCUGCUACCCCUUCAGUCCUUGGAAUCCGUGGAUUUAUUUUUUUUUUUCCCAUCUAUAUGCAUACAGGACUGAUAACAGCUUGUGGAGCAAAUGCCCAACCGCCAUUACAUGUUGAUCUAUUUAUCAGUGGAUAAAGAGUGUUGUGUGUUUUAAAAGGACAAUGUUGCACCAUGAAAGUUGUAACUUUGAUUUAAGUCUCAUCGGCUUUAACAAUUGUAAAGCAAUUGUAAAACAGUGCAGCUGCUCUUUAGUUUGUCCAAUGCUGUUAUUAAAUGACUGCAACGAGUAGAUGUACAAGUUUUAUGGGAUGAAGCCUAUAUGAAGACUUCUUCCUCUCACCAAAUGCCAACUCUUAAUAAUUUUGUUGUCGAUCAAAGAAUAUGUUCAGUAGCUGUUGUCCUGUUUGAUGUCACACUAUGCUUGCAAAGGUGACUGGAAUAGAGCUCCAUAAAUGAGCUUCAUGUCAUUGGAAAGGGCCUAAAUCUAAGUUUAGCUGUGAGAACUGUUCACAGAUUGAUCUUGUUUUUUAAUCACUCAAACCCGGAACGGCCUAGGUAAGUAUUUUCUAAGCAGUUUUUGUUUUGUAUUGUCUGUUAAUUGUAUGCUGUCAAUGAUGCCGGAAGGCUUUAAAUAUAAUUGAAAAAAUAAUAAAGAGGUGGCAAAAA